AGGAUGAAGCCCCGCCCUGGCCGGGAGCGCAUGCGGGUAGUUUACGUGAACAGCUUCGGCACCCACCGCUGCGGCUCCGUGAUCCAAUAUGGCGGUGGUCCCCGCGGCCGCUGGCGCCGUGAGGAGAAGGCCGCUGCUUCCGGUGUCGUAGAGCGAGAGAUGUCCUCUCCUUCCGGUCUGAGCCGGAGGCAGGGGGCGGCUUGUGGGGUGCUGCGGGGCGAGGCGGCUGCCGCUCCUAGGGAAGGUCGCGGAAGCCCCUGGUUCCCGGUCCCGCCUAGCACCGGUCCCAAGGGAGCUGGGUCGUGUGCUGCCACCCAGGGACCGAGCCGGGGUGGCCAGGCCGGGGGAGCCCCCAGUCUCCGGGAGAGCGGGCCGGGGCUGCGGUGCACACAGAGCAGAGCCGGCGGCAGCGUGCAGGCGCCCGGCAGCCAGAGAUACGGUGGUCUUCAAAUGAAUCAGGCUGAUAAGUUUGGAUUCCCUUUCACUUCUAAAGUUGUUAAUAAAGUAACAAAACAGAAAAAGGAAAAGUCUGAAGUCUUUCAUGGAGUGUUGAAAGUAAUUUCAAAAAUGCUUGAAGAAAAUGAAAAGUUUAGAGGCAGACUGUUGACUUGCAGUCAGUUUAAUACUGAAGGCAGUGAUGUGAACCAAAGCUCACAGAAUGAGGCUUCAUGCAUGGACAGAAAUGAGUCCAUCUUUGGAUGGGUGUAGCAAAGAAGUAAACGAAGAUUCAGUUUCAAGUGUUGCAUUGAAUUAGUGUUCAUUUUAGAUCUGAUCUAACACCCAUCUGACAUUAAUGAAAAGACUGAAAAUGAUUUCAGUGAGCGGUGGAUCAGAGUCUAUAUAGUUUGUCUGUCUAGCAUUUUCGCUUGAGAGCUACAUUUUAAUAUGGGUUCAAUUAAACUUUUCAGUUACAGAGUAUUGUUUUGUAGAAAUCCUUAUUAAGCAUAAUACAUCACUUAGUCACUGUUAAUUUUUGAAGGCUUUUUAAUUAAUAUUAUAGUGUGAUGGUUUGCAUUCAAAAGAAUAGUAAUAUUUUAUGUUAAUUAUAUUAUGAAUAUAUAUGUUGUAUAAUCAGCAGCUUGUCAGAAUUGUUAACAAACUUGUGUUUAGUAAAAUAAAAUGUCAUACAAGAUAUCUCUGUCUAAAAUGAAUGAACCACUUUCAUUCUAUUGAUUUAAAUAUUUUUUAUUUUAUUAUAUUAAAACAACAUACAAUCACCCUUCUGUUCAUUCAUCCAUUGAUACAUGAAUCUCAGCAAUUAUUUCAAAUAAGAAUCCAGGUGAAUCCUCUCUGCCUUAGACCAUCAGGCACAUAAUGAUAGUUUCAUAAUCAAAAUGUAUUGUUUAUCUGGGUGCCCUUAAUAGUAACAUGAGGUGAUUUUCUUGUGUUAUAGAACCUUAAACUUGGAGUUUUGAUUGAUUGUUGAAACCUUUUUAAGGAGAUCGCAAAAAUAAUUUUUCUGUGUGUUGACAGGUUUCAGAGUAGCAGCUGUGUUAGUCUGUAUCCACAAAAAGAAAAGGAGGACUUGUGGCACCUAAG